AUGAAAGUUUAAGAAAAUUACAUUUUUAGUGAUAAAAACCAAGCUAAUCCAUAAGAUGUAAGUGAUUAGAAGACUCCAUUUAUAUAUGUGACAAGCUCAUCUUAGACUUAAAUUGAAGAAGAUAAUAAUAUAAAUAAUAAACAAGUUUAGCAAAUAAAUAAGUAAUAAGAUAUUCAACCUGUAAAUACCCAUAAUUUGCAACAAGAAAGCUUAAGACAAGAUGGAAGAUAAGAACUUCCUAAAUCAAUCUUCUACUAUUAAAAGAUUUAGAAUAAAGAUCUCAUUCCAUACCCAUAAGAGGAUUCUAUAGAGAUCAUAUAACCACAAAAUAUAGAAAUGUAAUAGCUAAAAACUAGCUUCCUUACAGUGCCUCAGCAACAAAAAAAUUAUGAGACUUACUAAUAAAUAUAUACAAAGAAAUCUACUAUAGCAAGCGGUUAGCCUUUAAAAGUCAUAGCAGAGGACCCAAGAGGUAGUAUAUCUGAUACAAACAUUGAUAAAUUUAGUAUUGAUUAAUAUGACUGUAGAGAGUAAGAUUUACCCUCAGCAAGACCAAGCAGCGAUUCUUACAUUUAAAGAAAGCCUAAAACAUCAGUUGUGUAUGGUAGUGGAUUUGCAUUUCAUGUUGAAGAUAUUUGCGAAGUAAGAGAAGAUUCUUUGUUGUUUAAAGAUAAAGAAGGAUAAGUCUAAAAAGUUGAAAUCACUAAUUAACUUACAAACGAUAUAAAUAAAGUAAGCAGAUAUUUUAAAAAACCUAUUCUACUUAAGCCAGUUUAUCAAAAUGUAAAUAUUUAAUAUGCUUGGUGUUUGUUAUUUCUUGGUACACUUGCAAAUGGGAUAAUUCCUUCCUGGAUUUAAUAUAUGCCUGCAGAAAAAUAUUUACGUAUAGCAUGGAGGUUCUUCAUGUAAUUUUUUUUGAUGAUUCCUUUUGCAUAGUACGAGUUUAGAACAGGAGAUGAGAAAGUAAAAGCUAAAUAUAGUAUUUCAUAUAUUAUGAAACCAGAAAAUUUAAAAAAGUUAUUUUUAAGCUCUUUUACAUAAUCAACUUGGUUUUGUUUUACUUUGUUUUGUUUUGAGUGGACUUAUGUUUCUCAUGCUAUUAUACUUGGAAAUCUUGUCAAUUUUUACCUAUUUCUUUAAAGAGUGAUCAAAAAAGAUUAAAUUCACUAUAUAGAAAUAUUUGGUGGCAUUAUUACCACUAUGGGUGUCACUUUUGUACUUGCAGAUAACAUUUUUUUUGAUGCAUCUGACUUACCUCCAUCAGCAUACCACUAUAAAAUGACUAAAUUCAUCCACAGGCCUAACUGGUAAAGAGUACUUUUUGGUAAUGGCUCUAGUCUUUUUGUAAGUUUCUUGAUGUCUAAAUUGGCUAAGCACUAAGCUGCAGCAAGAGAAGUAUUUCCUACCCACCUUAAUACAAUUCUAACGUUCUUUUUGAAUAUGUUUAAUCUUACUUUGCUAAGUUACUUUUUUUCAGGUAUGGAUUUUGUCAAAGAUCCAUCAUGGGGUUGGUAUGGGCUAUUUACAGAAUAAAACUUUGUAAGUUUUUUGUUAAUGUCGAUAUUGCUAGGUAUGGGUAGUUUUGUAUCUAUGUUUAUAGUUAGCAAAGUAUUUGUCCCUUUAGUGCCCUAAACGGCAUAACUAUUUGAGCCUAUUAUUAGUACAUUAGCUCUAUAAGCUCUGGGUGUUUAAAUUUUACCAGAGGGUCUCACAUGUUUGGGCUAUGCUUUGAUUCUUCCAGGUCUUUUCUCUAUAAUUUUAGGAUAGUAUUUUAUAUAAUAGCAAAACUAAAAGAAAAGUUGA